CUACUACUGCUUUAUAAUUUAAAUUUUUGAAGAAAAAGAUAGGAUCUUUCUUUGCCCCUUUUUAGGUCAGCCAAAACCAAUCCAAAUGUGCUUUUGCUUUAUCUCAUCAAAUCUGAUUCUCUCCCCAAAGAUCUGCACAAACACUCACACACUCACUGUGUGAAAUAUUUGCCCCUUUUGCUCUCCGUCACUCCUUUUUCCACAGAUUCUCCCACGUAUUGUUAUUCGCGCAGCAGCUUUACACUGACCCAUUUAUUUACAGUCGGCCGGGGAGAGAAAUCCGAGGAGUUCGAGGCGGAGAUGGACGUCAACAGCGGCGGCGCGUCGGCGGUGGAGCUGCCGGAGAGCAUCUCAUCUGUUAUCCCGGGGUGGUUCUCGGAGAUUAGCCCAAUGUGGCCUGGGGAAGCUCACUCAUUGAAGGUGGAAAAAAUAUUAUUUCAGGGGAAGUCUGAUUAUCAGAAUGUUUUGGUUUUUCAGUCAGCAUCAUAUGGAAAAGUUCUAGUCUUGGAUGGUGUGAUUCAACUCACCGAGAGAGAUGAAUGUGCUUAUCAAGAAAUGAUUACUCAUCUUCCACUUUGCUCCAUUCCAAAUCCAAAAAAGGUUCUGGUAAUUGGAGGAGGAGAUGGUGGUGUCUUGCGCGAAGUGUCUCGUCAUUCAUCGAUCGAGAAAAUCGAUAUAUGUGAGAUCGAUAAAAUGGUGGUUGAUGUUUCGAAACAAUUUUUCCCUCAUGUAGCAGUGGGGUAUGAUGAUCCCCGUGUGACAUUGCACAUUGGAGAUGGAGUUGCAUUUCUCAAGUCUGUUCCGGAAGGAACUUACGAUGCAGUUAUUGUGGAUUCUUCGGACCCAAUUGGCCCAGCACAAGAGCUCUUUGAAAAGCCUUUCUUUGAAUCAGUAGCAAAGGCUCUUCGUCCAGGUGGGGUUGUGUGUACUCAAGCGGAGAGCUUAUGGCUUCACAUGCACAUUAUUGAAGAUAUUGUCGCAAAUUGCCGCCAAAUUUUCAAAGGCUCGGUUAAUUACGCUUGGACCUCCGUUCCCACUUACCCUAGUGGUGUUAUCGGGUUUAUGCUGUGUUCGACUGAGGGUCCUGUUGACUUUAAGCAUCCGGUCAACCCAAUAGAUUCCGAUGAUAGCCAUGUCAAGACUAAGGGACCACUAAAGUUUUACAACUCAGAGAUUCAUUCCGCGGCUUUCUGCUUGCCCUCGUUUGCCAGAAAGGUGAUCGACAAAAAGGCCGAUUGAACAGCAAUGCUAUGUGUCUUCUACAGGAGCUCAAAGGAAAAGAAAGAAAGAAAAAAAGAAAAAAAAUUGUGUCUUCUACAGAAGCUCGAUUUGUUAGAUGAGGAGGAUUUUGAGUGACUAAAUUUUGCAUUUCCAGUGUUGGAUCAUUUUGUUAAGGACAUUUGAUUGCGGAUUAUUUUAUCGUUGAGCCAACAUUAGUUUAUUUUCUCUUUGUCUAAGUCAUGUUAAACAUAAUUAAGCUGAAAUCAUUUUGCCUCUAGCUCCUUUUUAUAUAUUUCUAU